AUGACCAUUUGCCACACACUCCAAACGGCAGCACGAGGCUCUUCCUGGACCAUUGCUGCAAUUAGAAGGGCAUUUUCUUCACCGGCGCUGCCAGCAGGUAGCUCGGCUGGCACGCUCGAAAUCAGAUCGUGUCGUGAGCUCACGCCAGCCAAGUUUCCUGAGUACGUGGCAGCCACUCCCACCAACCUCCACAACAUGAUCUGGCGAUCGCCGCUUCAGAACGUGUAUGUGGUUAAGAAGCCGUGGAAUGCACGUGUCCGUGACGCUAUGGUUCAAUUCAUCGACCACAUCCACCACGAGUACGCCGCCGUCAACAUUAUUGUCAGUGAGGACGUGGCAGACGAGUUGGCGCAGGAAUGGAAGGGCUCCGGACGUCGGGUGGUGUAUACAGGCCCCAUUGGUGAGAUCGUGGCCCGCACAGACUUGGUGGUGACCAUGGGAGGCGACGGUACCAUCCUCCGAGCUGUCAGUGCGUUUUCCAGCGUGGGAGUGCCGCCAGUCUUAAGCUUCUCCAUGGGCACAUUAGGGUUCUUGCUUCCAUUCGACUUUUCUACCUUCAAGCACAGCUUUCGCCAGGUGUACGAGUCGCGGGCCAAGGCGUUGCACCGCCACCGGUUGGAGUGCUACGUUAAGCGCACGGAUUCCGACACCAAUAGGGCACUCGAGGGUGUGGUGGGCCCCGAGAAGGUUAUCCACGCCAUGAACGACAUUACCCUUCAUCGGGGGUCUCAACCACACCUCACCUCUCUCGAUAUAUUCAUCGAUCACGAGCUACUCACCACCACUACCUGCGAUGGAGUGGUCAUCAGCACCCCCACGGGCUCCACUGCAUACUCGUUGAGUGCUGGUGGCUCCAUUGCCCAUCCACUGGUCCCAUGCAUCCUCUUGACUCCCAUCUGUCCCCGGUCGUUGCUGUUCAGGCCAUUGGUGCUUCCCGUCACUUCGCACGUUUCGGUGCGACUCAGCGAGGAGAAUCGCAACAGGCUGAUCAAGUUGACCAUUGAUGGAAUAGCCCAGCGCAGCUUGCGGCCAGGAGACGAGAUCUGUGUCAGCAACCCCGAGCACGAGCUCGUGAAACUGGAGCUGGCAGGGGCUCCAGGCAUCUGGUGCGUGGCACGGACUGAGAACGACUGGACCAACGACAUUAACGAGAUGUUGGGAUUCAACAGCUCGUUUGGGAAGGUAUAG